AUGUUUACAUCGACAGUCCGGUGUUCGACACAAUCUUCGAAUACCAUUCCGAAAACCUUCUUUGACUGGUUGUACAAUGAAUGUACAGAAAAAAGACGUUUGGAUCUGUUCACAUGCAGGAUGAGGAAGAGAAAAUGGGUGACCACCAAAAGGUAUGUGAGACUGCCAAACCUCGACUGAGGUAAAACGCCGAAUAACUCAUUCACGUCACUCGAGGUGUCCUGAUAAGGGAGUACGGAGACAACUUAAACAACCAGAGAAGAUACAAUAAAGAUAUGGCACAAGGAAUAAUGGGCCAUUUUGGGGGAGAAUUUGCUGGGAUUCGGACGUCAACAUGGCACCGCAGACAAGUGAUAGUGACAAUAAUGUAUCAGCGGAGGAGAUGAUGGCUAAAGAUUGUGUCUGGAUCUUCGGCUAUGGCUCCCUGAUAUGGCAUCCCAACUUUGAAUACACGGAGAAAAAGAUUGGCUACGUCAAAGGUUAUGUGACUAGGUUCUGGCAAGGCAGUAUAUCACAUCGAGGUACACCAGAUAAGCCUGGGAGAGUAGCGACAAUGGUUGAGCAGAAAGAGGGUCAAGCCUGGGGUGUGGUGUUCAAGUUAGAAGGAAGUGAGCAGAUCACCAAAGCAUUCCUACAUCUUAACAUGCGGGAGUGUCUUCUAGGCUGUUAUCAGGUCCAACAAGUUACCUUCAACAUCGUCGGUGACAAGGACCAAUCCACGGUGCAAGCCAUCGCGUUCCGAGCCACACCCGACAACGAGCUCUUCGUUGGACCAGACUCCGUCGAGGCCGCAGCAAGGAUUGUCGCAUCUUCCUGGGGCAGAACUGGACACAACGCCGAAUACUUGUUCCGCCUUGUUGAUUUCAUGCAUAAGACAGUGCCCGAUGCCAAGGAUAGGUACUUAUUUGAACUCGAGAAGCUUACACAGAAGUUUCUAAACUGCAAAUGUUCAUCGAAGAGCAGUAUCUCAAAGACCAGUAUAGGCCAUAAAGGUUCUAAGGUGAUUGCUUCUAGGACCAGAAGGUCGGACCAACUGCAGUAUUAUCACAAGUGUUACCUCAGUGUCUUGGACCAAAGUGUUAAUUAAUGAAUCUUGUACUUUAUCUUUGUAUCAGCUGUGAGUUGAAAUCAUAGAUAUCUAUUAAAAGAGAGAAAUAUAUGAGAAAAAAAAUAUGAGAGCCUUACUGUCGUUUCAAAAUAUAUUCUAUUUAUAAAUCAUAUGCUCUGUCUUGCCCAGUAAGUCAUAGCUGGUAUAAAAAAAGAAAUAGGUAUUUGGAUUUUCAGGGUUUCUAGUGCAAUUCCAGGGGGUGUUUCACAGAGAAAUAAUGGUGACUUGAAGUUGCUUGUCAAUUCAUAGUAUAGUUAAGUACGUAGUACUGUUUGUUACGCAUUACCCGAAUGGUCAGAUUAUGCUCAGGGGACAUGCGCUACUAUGUAGUCAACAAUUAGCUUUACACGUUAAAUAUCAUGUGUGCGUUGCCACUUAAACAUGACUUCAAGUCCUACUUUAGUUGGAACCUUUUCAUGAAUCAUCACUCAAGUCUCCUGGAUGGAAGUUGAGGAAAAGGCAGGUGUGUGAAUACCCACUGAUGAAAUUCAACAAUUAUAUUCUAUAAACCCAUUACUAGUUUACAUAAUAUGUUCCAAUAGUUUUGAAUUAACUAAUUAAUAUGGCAUUUAUAUCACUUCAUUUAUCCACAGAGAGGUCAGAAUGCAGGUAAAAUUGUAAUCAAACAGCCCCCCCCCCCACCAAAUGUCACUAGACUUUUCAACCAAUCAGAAUCAUGCAUCUGGAACUUGCAUUUGAUGUUUUUUGUUGGUUUGUUUUGCUUUUAAAAGCAACUAUUCGUGCAAUGGGACUGCAGGUUCCAACUACAGUAAUUCUUUAAUAACCAAUGCAGGAGAGUGCAAAUCUUAGCUUCAUAUAACACCAAAGAAAUCAUGAUGAUAUUAUGCUAUGUCUACACAAGUAUCAAUUUUAAUCAAAACAUUUUAUAUUGUCAACCUUUUGACAACUGCUCUCUUUCUGUCUUUACAAAAAAAAGGACUAUGACAGGAGCAGUAUGAUGUGUCUUAUAAGUGAUUAUUUUUCACUUGUAGCGUUGAAUAAGUGAAAGUCAUGGACAAGACACUAAUGUUAUCAAUGAGAAAUAGAGCUAUGUAGGCCAUGUAUGGUACAUCGCAAUCAUGGUAUUUGAAUACAGACAUUGUUAUUAUGCUUGAUGACCACAAUCUUAACAGUUUUAUGAUAAUGCGGAAAGAUAAGUCAUACAGACCUCAAGUCUCAAAAGUCAAAGUGUCGAACCAUAUAUUUUUUUUGGCUGAGAUACCUUUAAUCCUUCUGAACACAAGCUCAAGCCCAGCUUCUACACUUUAUUUCAGACUGUAACUUUAAUUACAGUCUAAUAGGCCAACUUACUUACAUUGUUCAAUUUUUUUUAUGAAGUUCUCUUUUAAAACAAGUUCAUUCUUGGCUUCUUGCCAUAACCUCUCCACAAAGCAAUGAGCAAUUAAUCAAAAUAGAUAGUAUUGUAGGAAUACAGGAUUUUAAAAUCAUUUGUUUUAAACAUAUACUUCAACUGUGUAGUAGUCAAUGUGUUUAGUUUAGUAGGUUAUUAGGUCCUCUUGAACGAAAUAUAGACUACACUAGAUUAGCAAACCCUUUUCGAUUGAAAUGAAGCCUUAUGGUUCAGAUGGAUUUUUUUACAGAAUACAAAUCUUAGUUUGGAUCCCUAGAUAGAUAACAGGCACAGUAUUACAACAAAGAUAAAAUAUAUUUUUUGAAUAUCAUAUUUUACCAUGUAUAAAUUAUAUUUUGAAUGGCGCCACCAAUAUAAUUGUAAAUCUCGCUAACAAGAGAAUUACCACAAUUUGAUUUUUUUCUUUAUUUGCAUCUAUUGGAAAGAAUAUGACUAAAUCUGUGUACCAACAAAAAUUGAUUUCUCUAUUUUAUCUAUAUGUUGAGAUAAAGGAGUUUUUAUUUUUGGAAAGGACAUUUAUUGUUAUCACUAGUUGUUAUGAACCAGGACAGAAGUUACAAAUGGUUCACUCAUGCAAAAGAAUUGAAUGGCGAGUAGUCUUAUGAAGCGAUGAAUAAAUGGCUAAUACAGUUUGGAAGACUAUGCUAUCUUUUAACUUCAUGUACAUCUCUUUAUUAUUUCUUUGCUUAUCAACUGUCAAGUGAUUUUAUAAGAUAUAUGUUGUCCUUAUUUUUUAAUGCUUCUGAUUAUAAUUGAUGUGGCAUUCCAAACUAUAAUUCUAAUCAAUCCUGUGUGUGAACAAUAUACCAGGAAACAUGUAUUAAACUUGGCAAUAUAUGUUGUGAUACUGAUCGUGUGGAUAUUUAAGAAUGGUGCUAUAAACUUGAACAUCAGAUAAAAUUGCUUUGUAUCAUUACUUCCUAUUUCAAUUUAUUUUUUAAUUCAAUGGACACUUCUUCAGCAUUUGUAAUAGUUAUAUGUAUAUUAUAGAAAAAUAUAUUCACUAACAUUAGUAAAUGCAUUUGCAGGGUGACAAGCAUGCACAACAGGUAAUGUAGGAAUAGCUUUACACCAACCAUAUAUAGUCAAUGUAGAUAAAGAAUGCAGAUGUAGAGAUAUUCUUUUAAGAAAACUUAUGGAAAAGCUAGUAAAGAUAUCCAAGAAAGGUCAAGUCAAAGGUAUACACACAUUUUUUUUUGUUCAUAAGCCUUCAGUUGUACUCUCAUAUAGCUUUAUUCAUUAGAAAUCAAAUAAAAACUUCAGGUAGUAAGAUCAACUCUUGAUCAUAUAAAGGUGCACCCAGUGCUCUUCAAAAUGAGGCCUACGCAUGUGCUCAACUCCAACAUAUAUGUGUGUGUGUGUUGUUUCAUGCUUUAUAAACUGUACCAUUUUUCUUUAAUUCCUUUUUUUCUAUUAACAGCAAGUUAUGAAUUAGUAUUAUUUUACAAAUUCUAGCUCAAUAAUGAAUAUUUUAUCAGGUGGAAAUCAUAUGAAGCAGGAUUAUCUCAGAAACAACAUAAGAGGACAAAAAGUUUCAGUAUUAUCAUUGAUUUUUGUUUCUAGAAGAACAAAAUAAAUUUCUGCAUGUGAAUUUUCAACACAUAUAACUGUUCAUGUCACUGGCCAUGGCCUAAGUAUGUACAUGUUGGCACACAUUGCAAAAUAAACCAAUCCUGAUUAUUGUCGAAUACACAUAAUUGUGUUUGCAGUCAAUCGAAAACCUGCAUAAUAUGGACCUUAAACCCUAUUUAAGUUUGAUUCAAGGGUUAUGAAAAAGUAGAAAGCCCUUCUUAUUUUAACACUGCCAUGUAUAGGAAAGUAAUUUCCUAAUGUACAUAUAUAUAAUAUAUACAGGCAUUACACUCUGAAAUAAAGGUCUUGCCGUACAGUCAUACUAGGCCAACCCUGAAUGGUGUAAACAAGAUAUCAGAGAACUUUGCUGAAGAAAGGGAGAAAAUACAAGAAUAUCUUUUGAUAAAUGAUUGUUGUAAAUUGUCUGCAAAAAUUGAUAUGAAAACACUACUACAGAUUCAUAAAUUUGGACUGAAAUGUUUAUACCACAUACCACAAUUUUUGAGUCACUUUGUAAUAUUAGUGGGCUUCCUUUUUCAUUUAAAUUUGUGAUUCGUUCAAUUUUGGUCAAUGCGAUGUAAUCUAUAUAGACACAUCACAAUGUAUGUUUUUUAAAGUGACUUUAGAAAAUUUCUAUGUUGACAGUUAGAUAGCUGAAUGCUUACUCUAAAUUCGACAUCCGAUUAUGUUGACAUUGAA